CUCAACAUGCCUCAGAGCAAACCACCUGUUUCUGGCAAUGAGCCAAAGAAGCGCUCUCGUACAGGAUGUCAUGGUUGCAAGAACAGGAAGGUCAAAUGUGACGAAGCAAAACCUCGAUGCUCCAACUGUGUGAAGCAGAAUGAAGAAUGCGACUACUCUUUGAAGCUGCAAUGGGGAGGCAGAAGUAAAAAGGAGCAGAAUGCAUUUUCGGCCAUGGCCAAUGCAACCUCUGGUUUCUCUACCAUUAGUUUUGCUACUCCGAGUGUGCCACCGACUGCAAGUGCUUCGCCGUCGGUUCAGACACCAUCUGUACCUGAGCUUCAGAGCCUUGGACCAGAAGCAACACCCGGAGAAAGUGGCAACGAUACUAUCAUUCAGCUGACACCACUCGACUACAAUGCUGGAUCUGCAUCUCGAACCAGCUCAUACACAAGUCGGUCGCCGGCUCAAUUCGAGUCGAAUGGUUCAUACUCCACCUUACCACAAUUCGCGCUGCCAGAUCCAUAUUCCUCUAUAAAUCCUCCGACGGGACAAUACUAUCGAAGUCCCAGUCUCACGCGACCACCUUCGCCAUAUGAGUUUGGGUGGGCCAACGAAGACAGGGCUAAGAGACUUAGACUGGACUCUGGCGAUGGCCCACCACGUAGUCUUCCACCACUAUUUGCUCGACCUGGGCUUUCUGAGCCCGGCAGUUCGUCCUUUUCGCCAUAUGAUCAAGCCUCUCCAGGAGCACCCACAAACCAUUCUGCUCCUUCUCCCCUUACUCCUGGUGCUUCGAGUGCCUACGCAUCACCUAGCUUGAGAAGACUCUCCGUAAACUAUCUGCUGUCAGGUCCAGCCGGAGACCACGCCAGUCCUAGGUCAUCUUAUGAGCAUUUCAGUGGUGUCAAUCGACGAUGUGAAGAUGGUUUCGUCAUCUACGGCUAUGACUAUGGACUACCUGAUCUGGAUAUACCUAAGAACGACGACAAUGGAGCAAUCAAUCCACAGACACCUGCAACAUCCAUGAGCUCUCCUAGCACACUUUCUGACGUGGCAUGGUCGCCUUCGCAACUGUUCGAUUUCUCGAUCGAGAAACCCGCUUUUGAGAGGGGUGGCUACUAUGCUCGCCCUGUGCCGAUACGAAUACCAUUGGACCUCGAACCACUACCUGCACAGCUGUCGGAAAGCCCGAUGAACCUCAUCUACUUCCAUCACUUUUUGAAUCAUACGGCUCGGAUUUUGGUGCCACACGAUUGUCCUGACAAUCCUAUGAAGACCACCUUACCACGGAUCGCUGUACAGAAUGCCAACCUACUCAACUUACUCCUGGCGUAUUCGGCAUCUCAUCGGGCACGUCUGCUCUCUCACCCAGAGCCUGUUAACCGUAUCGCGACAUGGCUGCGCGAUGUGUUCCCAGAUUUGCGACGGUCGCUCUCUUCCAACGAGCCAGUGUCAAAUGCAACAUUGACGACUGCAAUCAUGUUGGCAUCACGCGAGUGUAUCAACCCCGACAGCCUUGAUGUACCGAUCCCAUGGCAGAGUCACCUUGAGAUUGCCCGACAGAUCAUCAUCUCUCGUGGCGGUCUCAGAGACAGAGGUGAUGGCGGCGAUCCUUUUGUCAAUUUCCUCGCAAGAUGGUUCGCCUAUCUGGAUGUCAUUGGUUCUCUGUCUGGACAUCGGAACCAAGCGCCACUAGACGACGAGUACAUGAUGUUCGACUCUGAUAACCAGUCAGACGCCUACGGAUUCACUAUUGAUUGCUUCUUUGGCUUCACGAAUUGUUGUAUUAGUCUGCUCGCCCGAGUUGCAAGAUUGGCUCGUCAAUGUGGUGCCCAGCGCAUUGAUGAUCAAGGCAAUAUAGACUCAGACUGGCAACCCUCGGAAGAUGUUCUCGAGGAAGCGGAAGUUCUAAAACAAGAACUGUCACACAGCAGACAUCAUGUACAAAGAGGUUGCCGCCACAGCAGAGACGAAGACGAGAAGAUCAGCGAGAGAACACGACUAGAACUUCAAGAAAUGGUCUCGGUGAACGAAUCGUUCCAUCUCGCUGGCUUGAUUCAUUUGAACCGACGGGUGCUCGGGAAACCAUCGACGGAUCCAGAGAUACAGGACUCGGUCAAGCUUGUCCUACAGGCUUUGAAGGGUGUGAGGAGAGGUGGCACCGCAGAGUCGAGUUUGCUGUUUCCAAUGUUCACGGCUGGAUGCGAUGCUCAGAACUCUGAGGACCGAGAUAUGAUUUUGGAGAGGCUCAAGUUGGUUGAGGGGCUGGGCAUGACUUAUGUGAGUAUCUCCUUGGACAGUUGUGAGUUCUCGAACGAAAGACUUAUCAUUGUUGACGCAGNNGUACGAAAUGCACGACAUCUCAUGGAGAAAUCGUGGGACACUGGCAAAUCAUGGGAGGUUUUGGUCGCAGGCGAGUUUCUGGGAUAG